AUGACAUUCCAAUACCAAGAUCAACUUCAAAAAUUACCAAUACCAGAAUUGCAUGAAACAUGCAAGAACUAUUUGAAUAUAUUAGAACCGCUUCAGACGGAAAAGGAGCAUGAGAGAACCAAGGAGGCAGUGAGACUGUUCUUGCUUGGAGGAAAUGGAGAAUACUUGGAUAAAGAACUUCGGAAAUACAGCGAAGGAAGAAACUCGUACAUUGAACAGUUUUGGUAUGAUUCCUACUUGAACUACGAUUCUCCCGUGGUUUUGAACUUGAACCCAUUUUUCCUUUUGGAAGAUGACCCUUUCCACAACGAGUCGAUGAGUGUCAAUCCACAAGUGAAGAGAGCUGCAUCAUUAACAUUAUCGUCAUUGAAGUUUAUUCGUGCCUUGAAAAACGAAACGUUGCUGGUAGACAAAACAAGAAACGGGCAACCUCUUUGCAUGUACCAAUAUUCUAAGCUCUUUGGGGCCUCAAGAAUUCCCACCGACGAUGGGUGUGUCAUGCAAACUGAUGUUAAUUCUAACCAUAUUGUGGUCAUGAGCAAGUCUCAAUUUUAUUGGUUUGACGUCUUGGACAAGAAGAAUAACUUAAUUUUAUCAGAGCUGGAAUUGAUUGUCAAUUUCACAUCCAUCAUCCAGGACUCGUUAAAUACAUCAAUCAGCGAGAUAGCUAAAUCUUCAUUUGGGGUAUUGACUACCGAAAAUAGAAGAGUUUGGGCUAAAAUUAGAAACAGUGGCACCAUCACCAACAAUGCUAACAACAACGAAAUUUUAAACAUCAUCGAUUCUGCAUUAUUUGUUUUAUGUCUUGAUGACUUGAGAUUAGAAAACUUAUCAGACUUGGCUAAAAAUAUGUUAUGUGGAUUGUCAAUCUUGGAUAAAGGUGUUCAAGUUGGUACCUGUACCAACAGAUGGUAUGAUAAAUUACAAAUUAUUGUUACUCAAAAUGGUAAGGCAGGUAUAAACUUUGAACAUACUGGUGUUGAUGGCCAUACAGUUUUACGGUUUGUUAGCGAUAUUUAUACGGAUUCAAUCUUAUCAUUUGCACAAAGCAUCAAUGGCCAUGCUCCUUCAUUAUGGGGUAAUGAUCCCUCCUCAAAACCUGACUACGAAGAAGAAUUAGUUACAAUCCCAAGAAAAUUGGAAUGGGAAUUAACUCCAGAUUUAUCUUUGGCAUUAAGAUUCGGGGAAACUAGAUUAUCUGAUUUGAUUAAUCAAAAUGAAUUCAAACAUUUGGAAUUCAAGAAUUAUGGUUCCUCUACUAUCAAGAAGAUGAAAUAUAGUCCUGAUGCUUUUGUUCAAAUGGCUUUUCAGGUUACAUAUUAUGCGUUAUAUGGUAAGGUUGAAUGUACAUAUGAACCGGCAAUGACUAAAAACUUUUUCCAUGGUAGAACUGAAGCUGUUAGAACCGUUUCUCAGGAGUCAAACUUGUUUGUUCGUAAGUUCUUUGAUCUGACUGUUUCAAAUAAAGAUAAGCUUGCAUAUUUAACUAACGCUUGUGCCAAACAUGCCCAACAAACCAAGCAAUGCUCUAUGGGUAAAGGGGUUGAUAGACACUUAUAUGCUCUUUUCUGUAUCUGGAAAAGAUACGUCGAUUCCAGUGAAUUCAAGGCAAUGGAUUUGGAACACGACAAUACUGUUUCAUUUGAAAAUCAAAGAUCUUCUAUACUGACCCUUGUUGAUGAUGACACUGAAACACAUUCUUCAGACACUACAAUUGGUAAUAACUAUAACAGCUGUAAGAAUGAUCUAACUGAACUACCAUCUAUAUUUGCUGAUUCCGGUUGGGAUAAAUUGAACAAUACUGUUUUAUCUACUUCAAAUUGUGGUAACCCAUCAUUGAGGCUAUUUGGAUUUGGUCCAGUAUCAGCUAACGGUUUUGGUUUAGCAUAUAUUAUUAAGGAUGAUUCUAUUUCGAUAUGUGCAGCUUCAAAACAUAGGCAAACAGAAAGAUUUUUGGUUACCUUAGAGCUGUACUUGAAUGAAAUCUAUAGUAUUUUUCAAGAGUCUAGUAAGGAACAAAUUGAAUCACCAAUCGACACCAAAAUUAAAACAACCCCACAAUUACUGGCUCCUAGACCAUCGUUGGCACAAAAGAAGUCAACUAUAUCUAACUUAUUAGGUGGUUAUGGCUACUUCGAUAUGGGUGAUGACGAUAUGAAAUCGAGAGGUCCUAGCCCUGAACCUCCAUUCCUUAAUAGAAAUAACAGCGGUUUCUCAGUGAGAGAGAUAGGCAAGAAAUUGAGAUUAUCUGAAUACUAG